GGCGGCUACAGAUGGGGAACUUCCAACAGUUGCCUUCGGGCGCCAACCGUCAGUUGGCGCGUGGGCUUCAGCUUGGUUUCGAUCCUUGUUGUCGGGAAUGUAGACCAGACUUUCCGCUUAGCGUUGGUUAGGAGCUUUCUUACCUGGGUGUAAGGUUCCAAUCCAGCGUCCUCUGGAACUCGUCGCUGUAGUCUGCAGUAUCUCCGUGGCCGUUUCCAAGAAACCAGGUGUCCUUGUUGGGAGACACAAAUGAUGCUCUUGUUAUCUCUGGUUGCAUCAUUUGUAAAAGGCCUGUUUUCCUCAGGCAAGGAGCGUUGGGCCUCUUGGAUUUGAAGACCUAAGAUGCGCCCGGAGGACCAAAGGUUAAUUUAUUCUGGGAAGCUGCUUUUGGAUCACCAGUGUCUCCGAGACUUACUUCCAAAGGAAAAGCGACAUGUUUUGCACCUCGUGUGCAGUGUGAAGAACCCUUCAAAAAUGCCAGAGACCAGCACAAAGGGUGCUGAAUCCACAGAGCAGCCGGACAGCAGUAAUCAGGUUCAGUACCCUGGGGGUCCCUCAAGUGACAACUUAAGGCAAAGGGAAGUUCUUCGGAACCUUUCUCCCUCCGGAUGGGAGACCGUCUCAAGGCCUGAAGCUGUCCAGCAGACAUUCCAAGGCCUUGGGCCUGGCUUCUCUGGCUACACCACCUACGGGUGGCUGCAGUUCUCCUGGUUCCAGCAGAUCUAUGCAAGACAGUACUACAUGCAAUACUUGGCUGCCACAGCUGCAUCAGGAGCUUUUGUCCCCACACCAAGCGCCCAGGAGAUACCUGUGGUUUCCACACCCGCGCCGGCCCCUAUCCACAACCAAUUUCCAGCCGAAAACCAGCCAGCCAACCAGAAUGCCGCUGCUCAAGUGGUUGUUAAUCCCGGAGCCAAUCAGAACUUGCGGAUGAACGCCCAGGGUGGCCCCCUUGUGGAAGAAGACGAUGAGAUAAACCGAGAUUGGUUGGACUGGACCUAUUCCGCAGCGACGUUUUCCGUUUUCCUCAGCAUCCUCUACUUCUACUCUUCCCUGAGCCGAUUCCUCAUGGUCAUGGGCGCCACUGUUGUCAUGUACCUGCACCAUGUUGGGUGGUUUCCGUUCAGACAGAGGCCAGCUCAGAACUUCCCAGCUGAUGGUCCUCCUCAGGAAGCUGCCAACCAGGACCCCAACAAUAACCUCCAGGGAGGCACGGAUCCUGAAACAGAAGACCCCAACCGUCUCCCCCCAGACCGUGAAGUGCUGGACCCCGAGCACACCAGCCCCUCAUUCAUGAGCACAGCGUGGCUGGUCUUUAAGACUUUCUUUGCCUCUCUCCUUCCAGAAGGCCCGCCGGCUCUAGCAAACUGAUGGCAUUUGUGCUCUGUGUCUGAAGGCUUUGACAGCUCGGGCUGGAUCACCUGGCUCGGGCUCAUUUUCCUCACCUGGUGUUGACUCAGCAGAGUCACUGAAAACCCACGCGAUGAUGGUGUGCUUCUGUGCCAGGCAAAAGCACAAACUAAGACAUGAAGCCAUGAUACAAACUGAACAGGGCCCCUCAUGUCUUUAUUCUGAAGAGCUUUAAUGUAUACUGUAUGUAGUUUCAUAGGCACUGUAAGCAGAAGGCCCAGGGUCGCAUGUUCUGCCUGAGCACCUCCCUAGAUGUGUGUGCAUGUGUGCUCUACAUGGAAGUAAUAGAUGCAGAAAUGGUUCUGCUGGUUCGAUUUGAUUCCUGUUGGAAUGUUCAAAUUACACUAAGUGUACUACUUUAUAUAAUCAGUGAAUUGCUAGACAUGUUAGCAGGACUUUUCUAGGAGAGACUUAUGUAUAAUUGCUUUUUAAAAUGCAGUGCUUUACUUUAAACUGAGGGUGACUUGGCAGAGGUAAAACCUUUGCUGGGUUUUCUGUUCAAUAAAGUUUUGCUAUGAAUGACUGUG